AUGGCUGAAAAAGAGGCCAGCAUCUUCAUCAUUGACCUGGGCUCGUCCAUGGCACAGAGCAAUCAUGGACGCUCAGAAUCAGACCUAGACUGGAGUAUGCGAUACGUGUGGGACAAAAUCACAGACACGGUUUCCGCAAAUCGCAAGACGCUGUGUGUUGGUGUCGUGGGGCUGCGCACGGAUGAGACCAAUAACAAGUUGCAGGAGGAUGAAGGUUACGAGAAUAUCUCCGUGCUGCAGGAACUUGGCCCAAUGGGCAUGACUGCUCUGCGAGAUCUGCAGUCUUCCAUUGGGCCAAGCACCACCUCGACGGGCGAUGCAAUUUCUGCUAUUGUUGUCGCUGUCGACAUGAUGGCAACAUUUACCAAGAAGCUUAAAUGGACCCGGAAGAUAUACCUGGUCACAGAUGGACAGGGGGCAAUGGAUGCCGACGACGUUGAGGAUAUCGCCAAAAAGAUUAACGACUCUAACAUCCAACUAACAAUUUUGGGUGUGGACUUUGACGAUGAAGAGUACGGUGUUAAAGAGGAAGACAAGCCUCCCCAAAAGGCUGAAAACGAGCAAACAUUAAAAACGUUGGCCAAUGCUUGUACUGAUGGCGUCUUUGCUUCCAUCGGCGAGGCCAUUGACCAGCUCGACACACCCAGAGUCAAAUCUGUUAAGCCGUAUAAGACCUACGACGGCUCCCUUACUCUCGGAGAUCCAGAAAAAUUCCCAGCAGCCAUGAACAUCAAUGUCGAGAGAUACUUCAAGACGCACCUGGCUCGCCCUUUGGCGGCCAGCACAGUUGUGGUCAAGCCAGAACUGGGCGGGUCACAAUCCACUGAAACUGUCGACGGCGGUGAUAUGGAAGGUAUUGAAUUUUCUGCCGUCAAGCAGAACCGAUCAUACAAAGUGAAUGAUGCGGAUGCGCCAGGCGGAAAGCGAGAUGUAGAAUUCGAAUCCCUCGCCAAGGGCUUCGAGUAUGGCAGAACAGCAGUCCACAUCAGCGAGUCCGAACACAAUAUCACGAAGCUCGAGUCUGUGAAGAGCUUCACAAUCAUUGGCUUCAUCCCGUGGAACAAGUAUGAAUUGUUUCUCAAUAUGGGCGAGGUAUGCGUUACCCACGCUCGUAAGUUUGAUGAGAAGUCCGAAUUAGCGCUUUCUUCCCUCGUAUGGGCACUCAACGAAGUUGAGUCAUAUGCCGUCGCACGUCUUGUUACCAAGGAUGGCAAGGACCCUCAGUUGGUCCUAUUGGCACCACACGUUGAGCCAGGUCUGGAGUGUCUCUAUGACGUACCGUUACCUUUCGCCGAAGACAUCCGCAGCUAUCAAUUUCCACCAUUAGACAGGGUUGUUACUAUUACUGGACAGACGCUAAAAAGCGAACAUCGGUUCCUGCCUUCAGACGACCUCAACUUGGCCAUGAGCGAUUAUGUUGAUGCGAUGGACAUCUCGACCUAUGGGGUUGACGAUGACGGGGAACCGUCCGAGUAUGCCCCAAUCGAGGAGUCUUACAAUCCGUCGAUCCAUCUACCGCCUAAGGCGAAGGGUAAGCGACGAAGAGACGCAGUCAAGCCCAUUUCUGGCUUGGAUGUGGAUGCUCUCUUGGGCGAUGACAAGGGCACAAUCAGCCCUGAAAAUCCAGUUCCAGACUUCAAGAAUGCAAUCGGAACAACUGAAUCGGAGAGCGAAAUCGAAGAUGCCGCGAAGCAAAUGGGAGACAUCAUCCGCUCUCUUGUGACGGAAAGCUUUGGAGACAGCAAGUAUGACCAAGCAAUGGAAUGCAUUGGCGUAAUGCGAGAAGAGUUGAUCAACAUCGAGGAGCCGAAAUUCUUCAACUCGUUUAUCCGCAAUUUCAAGAAGGCAUUGCUCUCGGGAACUCUAGGUGGUGACAGAAGAGAUUUCUGGUUCAAGAUUCGCUAUGGAAAACUCGGGUUGAUUGACAAGACCCAAGCAGAUACAUCUGAUGUCACUUUAGAUGAUGCAGACCAGUUCUACAAACAAAGAUAG